AAACAAUGUCCCUUUGGCGCUCCACCCUCCCAUGAAACCCUACAGAAUAACUAAUGCAGUACUCAAAAGCGUUGCUUCAGCUUCGUUCGCAGCCUCUAAACCUCCAAUUCCCCAUCAAAAUGUUGAAUCCCUUAUUGAUGCUCGCAUUAUCAAGACGGGUUUUGAUCCGUUCACUUGCCGCUCCAAUUUCCAGGUCGACAAUUUUGUCAAAAAUGGCAAUCUCUUCCAGGCUCGUCAACUGUUUGACGAAAUGCCUAACAGAAACACUGUAUCCUCAAACAUGAUGAUUUCUGGUUACGUGAAAGCAGGAGAUCUUUCCAGUGCUAGGGAGAUUUUUAAUGCCAUGGUUCAUCGAACUGCAAUUACUUGGACCAUUUUAAUUGGCGCCUACUCGCACCAGAAUCAGUUCUGUGAAGCCUUUAAGCUUUUUGUGGAUAUGCAUAGGUCUGGCACUGACCCUGAUUAUGUGACUUUUGCUACUCUUUUAUCGGGCUGCAAUGAACCUCAGGUUCACAAAGAAUUGAUUCAAGUACAUGCGUGCAUUGUUAAAUUGGGGUAUGAUUUCAGGCUCAUGGUUUGUAAUUCCUUGCUAGACUCUUAUUGCAAAACUUGUCGCCUUGAUUUAGCUCGUCAGGUUUUUAAGGAAAUGCCUGAAAGAGAUUCUGUUACUUUUAAUGCAUUGAUUACAGGGUACUCAAAAGAUGGUUUAAAUGAAGAAGCAAUUAGACUCUUUACGGAGAUGCAAAAUUUGGGUUUCAAGCCUUCUGAUUUUACUUUUGCUGGGGUUUUAGGUGCUGCUGUUGGGCAAGACGACUUAGCCUUGGGACAACAAAUUCAUGGUUUUGGAGUGAAAGCUGGUUAUGUCUGGAAUGUGUUUGUGGGGAAUGCAUUGCUUGAUUUCUAUUCAAAGCAUGACUCAUUGGUUGAAGCUAGGAAACUUUUUGAUGAAAUGCCAGAGUUGGAUGGAAUUUCUUACAAUGUGAUGAUCACAGGCUAUUCCUGGGUUGAGCAAUACGAAGAAUCUAUUAAGCUUUUCCGGGAAUUACAGUUCACAAAAUUCGAUCGGAGACAGUUCCCAUUCGCAACCAUGUUGAGCAUUGCAGCAAAUUUGUUAGACUUGCAAAUGGGCCAGCAAAUUCAUUCACUGGCCAUUGUUGCUAAAUCUGUUCAAGAACUUGUGGUUGGAAAUUCCUUGGUUGACAUGUAUGCCAAAUGUGGUAGAUUUGAAGCAGCUGACAAGAUAUUCAGAACUUUGGCACAGAGAAGCACGGUUCCAUGGACUGCCCUUAUCUCUGCUUAUGUUCAGAAAGGUUUCUAUGAGGAAGGCCUAAAUUUGUUCAAUGAGAUGCACAGAGCUGGUGUAAGACCAGACCCAGCCACUUUUGCCAGCAUGUUAAAGGCAUCUUCAAAUUUGGCUUCAUUGUCACUGGGGAAACAACUUCACUCUUUUGUAAUCAGAUCAGGUUCCAUGUCAAGUGUUUUUUCUGGGAGCGCACUUGUGGAUUUAUAUGCAAAAUGUGGUUCCAUAAAAGAUGCAAUUCGAAUUUUUCAGGAGAUGCCUGAAAGGAACAUAAUCUCUUGGAAUGCAUUGAUCUCUGCCUAUGCUCACAAUGGAGAUGGGGAGGCCACUCUUAAGUCAUUUGAACAGAUGCUUAAGCUGGAUUUCCAGCCAAAUUCAGUCAGUUUCCUCAGUGUUUUAUCUGCUUGCAGCCAUUGUGGGCUCAUUGAAAAAGGAUUACAGUAUUUCAAAUCAAUGACUCAUGUUCAUAAACUCGUUCCUAAAAGAGAACACUAUUCAUGUAUGGUUGAUUUGCUAUGCAGAGGCGGACGAUUUGAUGAAGCAGAGAAGUUGAUGGCUGAAAUGCCUUUUGAUCCUGAUGAGAUUAUGUGGUCAUCAGUCCUAAAUUCAUGUAGGAUUCAUAAGAAUCAAGAUUUAGCAAAGAAAGCAGCAGAACAUCUUUUCAACAUGGAGGCGCUUAGAGAUGCCUCUGCUUAUGUCAGCAUGUCCAAUAUCUAUGCAGCAGCAGGCCAGUGGGAAAGUGUUGGGAAGGUGAAGAAGGCAAUGAAGGAGCGUGGAAUAAGAAAGGUCCCAGCUUUUAGCUGGGUUGAAAUCAAACACAAAGUUCAUGUUUUCCAAGCCAAUGACAAGAAGCAUCCACAAAUGAAGAAAAUCAUGGAAAAAAUUGAUAUGUUGUCCAAGAAGAUGGAAAAGGAAGGUUACAAACCUGAUACAGGUUGCGUCCUUCAUGAUGUGGAUGAGAAAAUGAAAAUAGAGUCUCUGAAGUACCACAGUGAGCGGCUAGCAAUUGCAUUUGCAUUGAUAAGUACACCAAAAGGAUCGCCCAUACUAGUGAUGAAGAACUUGAGAGCUUGUACAGACUGUCAUGCUGCAAUCAAGGUCAUCUCAAAGAUUGUUAAAAGGGAAAUUACAGUUAGAGAUUCAAGCAGGUUCCAUCAUUUCAAAGAUGGGUUUUGCUCUUGUGGGGAUUAUUGGUGAGUGAGAUUGAAUUUUACAUAGGAAACCUUAAUUUGAUUAUUUUCAUGUGUACCAUUCCUACUGACUGAUUAAUGAGCAAGUCAAAUUAUAGUAUAUAGUCAAUCUGAAAAUUUUCAUC